ACCACUAGAGAUUUGAAGAUGGAGAGAGGACAGAGGAGAGGAUCCGCGAAUGCCGGAGCUAAAGAAGAAUCAAAGCUAUUUCCUACAAUACCAAUCAACACCAACGCUCGAUAUUCCAGGAAGGAAGAAGCUUCAUUGUUGCGGUCACGAUUGGUUCGGAAAGGAAUUUCAUUCAUUCCGGAGGAUGAUGGAUAGCGUGAUCAAAAGCGAUCGGAACAAGUUAAAUCAUCUCUGAGGAGCCAAGCAUUAAGCUUCAAAGCUUGAAAAUGGGAACUUCAGUAAACAUAAUUGUAGGAUCUCAGGUCUGGUUUGAGGACCCAGAUGUAGCUUGGCUUGAUGGUGAAGUGCACAAAAUUAAUGGUGAUAAAAUAGAGAUCCAGACAAGUGAUGGCAAAAAGGUUGUUAGAAAGUUAUCAGAUGUUUAUCCUAAAGACACAGAAGCUCCUGCUGAAGGUGUUGAUGACAUGACAAAGCUAUCUUAUUUGCAUGAGCCUGGAGUUCUGCAAAACCUGAAGUUCAGAUAUGAGCUAAAUGAAAUCUAUACUUACACUGGGAAUAUUCUAAUUGCUAUAAACCCAUUCCAAAAACUGCCUGAUCUCUAUAGUGCACAGACGAUGCAACAUUACAAGGGAGCACCGCUAGGUGAACUGAGUCCUCAUGUCUUUGCUGUUGCUGAUGCUGCUUACAGGGCAAUGAUUAAUGAAAUGAAAAGCAAUUCCAUUCUGGUUAGUGGUGAAAGUGGAGCAGGUAAAACUGAGACAACAAAAAUGCUUAUGCAUUAUCUCGCCUUUUUGGGUGGCCGUGCAGCUACUACUGAAGAUCGUACAGUUGAACAGCAAGUUCUUAAAUCUAAUCCAGUUCUCGAAGCAUUUGGCAAUGCAAAGACUGUUAGGAAUAAUAAUUCCAGCCGUUUCGGAAAAUUUGUUGAGAUUCAGUUUGAUAAACAUGGAAGAAUAUCAGGAGCAGCUAUCAGAACCUACCUCCUUGAAAGAUCCCGUGUUUGCCAAGUUUCUGAUGCUGAGCGUAAUUAUCACUGCUUUUACCUACUUUGUGCAGCACCACAAGAGGAAAUUGAUAAGUAUAAGUUGGGACACCCCAAAACAUUUCACUACCUCAACCAAUCAAAUUGCUAUGAAAUAGCAGGCGUAAGUGACGCACAGGAUUAUCUAGCCACUAGAAAAGCUAUGGAUAUUGUUGGGAUUAGUAAGGAAGAGCAGGAGGCAAUUUUCAGAGUUGUUGCUGCAAUUCUUCAUCUUGGUAAUAUUGAGUUUGCAAAAGGAAAAGAGGCUGAUUCAUCAGUUCUAAAGGAUGCCAAUGCCAAAUUCCAUCUCAAGACAGCAACAGAACUUCUUAUGUGUGACCCUGUGGCUCUGGAAGAUGCACUGCGUAAACGGGUAAUGAUCACUCCUGAGGAAGUUAUAAAACGCAGUCUUGAUCCCCUUAGUGCUGCAGUGAGCAGGGAUGGAUUGGCCAAGGCUAUAUAUUCUAGGUUAUUUGACUGGUUGGUAGAUAAGAUAAAUGUUUCAAUUGGGCAAGAUUCCCAAUCAAAGUGUAUCAUUGGGGUCCUCGACAUUUAUGGUUUUGAAAGCUUCAAGCACAAUAGCUUUGAACAAUUUUGCAUCAACUUUACAAAUGAGAAGCUGCAGCAACAUUUUAAUCAGCAUGUAUUCAAGAGCCAACAAGAAGAUUACACAAAAGAGGCUAUUGAUUGGAGCUACAUUGAAUUUGUGGAUAACCAAGAUGUUUUAGAUCUUAUUGAAAAGAGACCAGGUGGGAUCAUUGCUUUGCUUGAUGAAGCUUGUAUGUUUCCAAAGUCAACACCUGAUACAUUUUCAAAUAAACUUUAUCUGACUUUCAAGAAACAUAAGCGCUUUAUCAAGCCCAAACUGUCUCGCACAGACUUCACAAUUUCACAUUAUGCUGGAGAAGUGCAAUACCAAUCUGACCAAUUUUUAGACAAAAACAAAGACUAUGUGGUUGCUGAACACCAAGACCUCUUAAAUGCUUCCAAGUGUUCCUUUGUGGCUGGCCUUUUCCCUGACAUACUUGAAGAGCUUAAAUCUCCGAUGAAAUCUCCUAAAUCUCCAAAAACUUCCAAGUUUUCUUCAAUUGGUUCACGUGUCAAGUUACAACUACAACAGUUAAUGGACACACUGAAUGCUACAGAACCCCACUACAUCAGAUGCAUUAAACCUAAUAAUGUUCUCAAACCUGCCAUAUUUGAAAAUGUAAACAUUCUGCAACAACUGCGCUGUGCUGGUGUACUAGAGGCAAUUAAAAUAAACUGUUCUGGAUACCCCACUCGGCGCCCUUUCUCUGAGUUCAUAACCAGAUUUAGGCUCCUUGCUACAGAGGCUUUGGUAGGAAACUAUGAUGAGAAGGCUGCUUGCAAGAAGAUUCUGGACAAGUGGGGACUAAAAGGGUACCAGAUGGGCAAGACAAAGGUAUUCCUUAGAGCUGGACAAAUGGCAGAGUUGGAUGCACGAAGAGCAGAGGUUCUAAGCAGUGCAUCAAAGGUUAUACAAGGACGAAUGAGAACCCAUACUGCUCGUAAAAGGUUUAUAGCUCUGAGGGAGGCUGCAGUUUGUAUGCAAUCUCUGUGCCGAGACUUGCUGUCAAACUUUUUGUUAAAAUUAAAACGGAGGCAGCUGCAACAAAAAUUCAGGUCAAAAUGCGUCGAAACCUAUGGAGAGAAAAAUAUAACCUCCUCCGCGCCUCAGCAGUUGCGCUGCAGAUAGGUUUUCGUAAGAUGGAUGCCUGCAAAAAAUUCAGAUUUAGGAAACAAACCAAAGCUGCUACUAGGAUUCAGGCACAAUGGCGCUGCAAUAAAGCUUAUAUGCAAUAUAAGAAGCUUAAAAGAGGAGCAAUAGUUUCACAGUGCAGAUGGAGGGGAAGAGUUGCUAGAA